UAAUAUAUGGGUCGAGGCAUCAAAUGUUGUAGCAACUUGUUACGCCUGAUCAGUUGAUUCACGGGAUUCCAAGUCGUCGGACAGCGUGCACCAGUAUUCGAUCUCGAAUUCGAAUACCCAAGGCGUUUGCUUACAAGCCCUGAAUUGUUCCACCAUGAUGGUUUCUAGCUUCUUAGCCCUACUGAUAGGAAUCGGUCCAGUCGUAGGCGCUUACAGCAAACCCCAGCUUCCUCCGAGAUGCAAAACUAUCCCAGGAGAUGCAGCAUGGCCGAAUAAAGAUGCGUGGGAUAAACUCAACUCAACGGUUGGUGGACGUUUGAUUGCAACUGUACCAGUUGCACACGUCUGCCAUACUGGCGGUACCUUCUCCGGGUACGAUGAAACGGCGUGCGCAGACCUGCAGGAGUCCAUACAGAACGAGGGUGCGGCGACUCUCCAACCCCAGCCUGGAGAGCCGAUGAAUCCGUACUUCUAUAACUUGACUUGUUCACCUUUUACCCCAGCCGACCAGCCCUGUGAGCUUGGCGAAAGGGCAGUGUAUUCUAUCAAUGUCAGCUCAGCUUCAGAUGUUCAAGCUGGACUGGGAUUUGUUCGUGAGAACAAUGUUCGCCUUGUCAUCAAAAAUACUGGACUUGAUUACAUGGGAAAGUCAACCGGAAAAGGCUCGCUUUCUUUGUGGGUGCACAAUCUGAAGACUUUGGAGGCCACCAAAUCCUUCAACAGCUCGUACUACUCUGGUCCUGCGGUCAAGGUGGGCGCUGGUAUUAUCGCCGGAGAAGUUUAUGAAUACGUCAAUUCGAAGGGAUAUCGCGUCGUUGGUCCGGAGUGCGGUCUGUGCGGGUUCGCUGGGGGUUAUACCCAAGGCGUCGGCCACUCACAGCUUACGUCUGCUUAUGGACUUGCCGCCGAUCAGGUCCUCGAAUGGGAAGUUGUCACGCCAGCAGGGGAUUAUGUUACAGCCACCCCAGAAAAGCAUGCCGAUCUCUACUGGGCCCUUGCCGGUGGCGGACCCGGAACCUAUGGCGUGGUGCUCAGUGUGACAGUCAGGGCCUAUCCCGAUGGCCCAGUUGCUGGCGGAACUCUGCGUUUCAACAAUACCAAUUCAGAUGCUUAUUGGGAGGCUGUUGGGCUUUGGUACAAGAUGGGCCCCGGAAUGGUCAAAGACUCGCCCAAGAACGUCCAGUUCUUCGUUAGCAACUCGACCCUCUGGGUUUUCGCAUUCGUUAUGCCAGAUCAGGACACCUCAGCCAUCGAUGGUAUUCUCGCUCCUUUUCUCCCCGAGCUGGAGAGUCGAGGUCUUCCGUACGAACUCAAGACCUACAACUACACGAGCUACCUGGAGAAUCUGCGCAACUCAUACGGUGCGCUUCCAUACGGGGAGCUCUGUCCCGUCUAUCCUGUACUCGGCAGCCGACUGAUACCUCGUGCCGUUGUGCUCAAUGAAACAGCAAACAAGAAUCUCAUGGAUGUCUACCGGACCUACACUGCUGAUGAGUUUGGCUGGUUUGUAGGCUGUAGCUUUAUCGACACAGCCGAAAACUCGACUGUGCGUCCGGCCCACCCCGAGAAUUCGGUCAACCCAUACUGGCGUGAGUCCAUCGCGUACUGCAAUCCCAACAACCCAUGGCACUGGGAUGACCCUGCGCACUCGAUUCGGGACAAAAACCAGCUUUCAGGCGAGUUUUUCCCUGCUAUGGAGCGGGCCACGGGAAAGACUGGUGUCUAUCUCAAUGAGAUUGAUUCUCUGUACACUGGUGACUGGAAAGACACCAUGUAUGGGGUACACUAUGAGAGGCUGCUGGAGAUCAAACACAAGUAUGACCCCUAUGAUGUCAUGUAUGCGCAUUUUGCCGUGGGGGCAGAUGAGUGGAUUAUUGACGGUUCUGGGCGGCUGUGUAAAGCUAUUUACUAGGCCUUAAGAGGAGAGUUCGACAUGAGAUUCCGCGAGCCAGCGGCCUGACCAGGCGGCGACCCUGGGAAAAGUAUCUUGGGCGGUGCAAGUUGUCCACUCCAGCGCUGGGUCCGUAUUUUGUUCUAGCCCAGAUCUGAUUCUGCCCUAAAAUCAUUCUCAUAAAUCGUCAAUAAUUCUUGAAUAUACUGUCUG